UGGUCUCCUCCACGGGCUGUGGCAUGGAACCCUGCUCCACCAUGGUACUCCAUGGGCUGCAGGGGGACAUCCUGCUUCACCAUGGUCCUUUCCACAGGCCCCAUGGGAAUUUUGGCUCUGGUGCAUGGAGCACCUCCUCCCCCUCCUUCUUUACUGACCUUGGCACCUGCAAGGCUGUUUCCCUCUCCUCACUCUCCCUGCUGCUGUUGUUUUUUUUCCCUUUCUUAAAUAUGCUCUCACAGAGAUGCAAAUAAAAUCACUUAUUGGCUCUGCUCUGGGCAGUAUCAGGUCCCUUCGGAGCCUGAUGGAACUGUCCAUUCUCUAACACGGGGCAGCUUCUGCAUUCUUUUCACAGAAGGUACCCCCUUCAGCCUUCCCCCAGCUACCAAAACCUUGCUAUGAAAACCCACUGCAGUUGAUGAGGCACUGGACCAGGUUGCCUAGAGAAGUUGUGGAUGCCCCAUCCCUGGAAGUGAUUAAGGCCAAGCUGGAUGAGGCUUUGAGCAACCUGGUGGAAGGUGUUCCUACUUAUUGCGGGGCCUGGACUUAGAUGGUUUUUAAGGUCCCUUACAAACUAACAUUUCUAUGAUUCUAUGGAUCACAUAGUUUCAUUGAGGUACAUUUAUAAGGAUAGAUCUGCCAUUUGUAUGCUUAUCAUGUGAGAUGCGUAUCGUUUCACAAGUUGGUGAGGUUAAGACAAUAGUUGGUCGAGUCUUCCAAGAAAAUGCAGACUACUACUUUGGCCAUGGAAGCUGAAGAAAUGAUGGAAUGUAUCCAGGAAUUCCCAGAACACUAUAAAGUUAUUUUGGAUAGACUGAAUGAACAACGUGAGCAGGACCAGUUCACAGACAUCACUCUGAUUGUGGAUGGUCACCAUUUCAAAGCUCAUAAGGCUGUUCUUGCUGCUUGUAGCCAGUUCUUCUACAAAUUCUUCCAAGAUUUCACUCAGGAGCCCUUAGUGGAGAUUGAAGGUGUAAGUAAUAUGGCAUUUCGUCACCUAAUAGAGUUCACCUAUACAGCAAAACUAAUGGUCCAAGGUGAGGAGGAAGCAAAUGAUGUUUGGAAAGCAGCUGAGUAUUUACAGAUGUUAGAAGCAAUCAAAGCACUUGAAAUCAGGAACAAAGAAAAUUCAUCACCCUUAGAAUCAAAUCAAAUACAAGGUAAAGAUAAAGUGAAAAAGAGGAAGAUAGCUGAGACCUCUAAUGUUAUAACAGAAACACUGCCAUCUGCAGAAUCGGAGCCUAUUGAAAUUGAGGUUGAGAUUGCUGAAGGGACAAUUGAAAUGGAAGAUGAUAGCGUCAAGACACUUGAAGAAGUAGCUUUUGCAGAGCAAUCCAUAAAGUGCAUACAGACAACGGGUACAUCAGAUGAAUCUGCUUUGGCUCUUUUGGCAGAUAUUACCAGCAAGUAUCGUCAGGGAGAACGAAAAUGCCAGAUCCAAGAAGAAGGUGACAGUGCAACUGAUCCCUUAUGCAAACAGGUAGAAGGUAUUGAAAUUGUGGAACUUCAGCUAUCACACAUGAACAAUUUAUUCCACUGUGAGAAAUGUAACUGUUCAUUUAAAUUGUUUUACCAUUUUAAAGAACACAUGAAAACACAUUCUACUGAGAGUUACAAGUGUGACAUAUGCAAUAAAAGGUACCUACGAGAGAGUGCUUUGAAACAGCACCUCACCUGUUACCACGUUGAUGAAGGUGGUGCCAGCAAGAAGCAAAGACCUGGCAAAAAAAUACAUAUAUGCCAGUACUGUGAAAAACAGUUUGACCACUUUGGACAUUUUAAAGAGCACCUCCGGAAGCACACAGGUGAAAAACCAUUUGAAUGUCCAAACUGCCACGAACGUUUUGCUAGGAAUAGCACACUCAAAUGUCACUUGACAGCCUGUCAGUCUGGAGCUGGAGCUAAAAAGGGAAGAAAGAAGCUAUAUGAAUGUCAGGUUUGUAACAGCAUGUUUAACAGUUGGGAUCAAUUUAAAGAUCACUUGGUAACACACACUGGUGACAAACCCAACCACUGUACCUUAUGUGAUUUGUGGUUUAUGCAAGGCAGUGAGCUUAGAAGGCAUCUCAAAGACAUGCAUGAUAUUUCAGAACAACUAGUGACAGAAGAGGUUCUUCCAGUGGAAGCUGUGGAUAUUGAACCAGUAACAUCAAUGACUAUAAUAGAACAGGUGGAGCAAGUCCACGUCCUACCAGUAAUUCAGGUACAAGUGGAUCCUGCACAGGUAACUGUGGAACAGAUGCACCAGGAUCUCAUACAGGACAAUCGAGUGAAAGGCAUGCAGAUGGAUGAACUGCAAGAACAGGUGCAAAUUAGUUAUUUGGAAGUUGAGCACAUUCAGACUGAACAAGGUGCUGAAGUUCAUGCGGAGGAGUUGCAUGUUGAGCAUGUAAAUCAAAUACAGAUGGAAGAAGUACGGGCUGAACUUAUAGAUGGAACAAACCUUGAACAAGUAGAAUAUGAAAGUGUUGAUCAAGGAGAAGCAGAAAAAAGGAAAUCCAGUCACAUAGAUGAUGUAGAUAAGGAAGAUCAUGAACAAGCUGAAGACAAUUAGUGGACACUGAAUGAAAAGGUGGAUGACUAGGACAAUCAACCACACUGUGCAGGUUUACAAAUGAAAUGCCAAAUUAUAUUUGUUAACUUUUACAUUGGCUUUUGAACCAUCAGUGGUCAUCUUUCCGAUGUUAUUUCCUUAGAAAUACGGACAAGUGGACCAAAGUUAGUUUUCUUUGUGUACAACUAAAUUUCUCUCAUAUGUGAAAAAUAACUCACUCAUGUAAUAACACAGAGCAAAAUACCAUAGAGAUGGACGGCUUUGUGAAGAUUUUGAUAAUCCUCACAAAUUAUUGUUAUAUCAUCCUUGGGUAUAUGUAAGAGUAACCUCUUUUCUUCUUGCCAUAGAAGCAAACUCUUGUUAUAGAUUUGCAGAGUGUCUGUGGCAGAAGAAUUAGUAAAAUCUGGUGGGUUCUAAUAUAAAUGACCAAUGGGGUACCUGUGAGUUUUCUGGGUGGGCUGUUUGCCAUCCAACUGCAGUGUUGUAUCUAACAGCAGUCCCUGCAUUUCUUUAAUCUGAGAAGCUUUAUAUCAAGCUGGAACUUCUGAACUUUCAGUAUGGGAGAAAACCAUUUUUGCUGGAGCACAAAAAUCCUGUGCCUUUUCAACACUGACUGGUUAAAUUUCCACAAAGGUCCUAGUGUGUUCAAGAACCUAGUUCAGUAAAAGGCAAUGUAAGUAAUGUCAUAAUACUUUAUAUUUUUGCUUAAAGUUAAUUGUCAACUACUGAUUUUUUUUUGCAUUAAAUUUAGAAUGAGGCAGGUUGAGGGAGGAAACAUUCCAUAUGGAGGCAAUAGGACAUUCUAAAAGGAACACAUUAAAAUAGGAAAAGCUCAGUAGAAUCUGUGCUAAACAUGAGCUGGAAGAAAGCUAUCAGCAUACUCUUUUAUAAAUCUUCAUUUUUGAAAAUGAAUGUGUUUAAACAAAUUGAGAAGACUCAUUUCUAUGGUAUCAGGUUCCUGUUUUUUUGAAAUUAAAUUCUGACACUUGACAAAAAAGAUGACACGCUAAAAAUAGAAGUAAAAGUAUGAGUGCUAAACUGUGGAUUAAAAGUAGGAGUAAAUAUUUUAAUCAAUAUUAAACAAUAAAGCAAUACCAACCAUGAAAUGUUCAUUAUUUGCUUCAUCCAAUAAACUAGGAACAAUUGAGUGACUGGCAAUUACAGUGCCAGAUCCCAGUGUUAAGAGUCAAUCUCAUUUUAAUGAGAUAAAUAGUUCAUUACUGUGGUUUGUUUAGAAAAUAUUGGUCUGGCUCUGUUUUCAGCCAUGCUAAGGACUUCUAAUUCUCAAUUAUUACCUUGAGAUUAGAGUCAUUCCAUACUUAUGAAAAACUUUCUUUUCAAAGCCUUAACUGAAGGGAGGAAUUCUUGCAAGGAAGUUCCCUAAUGCACUUAGUAAUCCUGUAGAUCUUAGUUAAAAUCAAGCUUUUCUAUUCAGUCUUCUCCUAAGGUAGAAAUAUUUCCUCAAAUCUGUGCUUCUAUUUAGUCUCAUUCAAAACAAUUCUUGUGUUUCAUCUUACCCUUUGAGAAAUUGUUGCAAAACAAACAUGGAUCUCAAUUAAAAUUUUUAACAAUGUGAU